GCGUUUUAAUUGACGUUAGCGUCAGUCCGUUAGCUGCUACUGUGGAGAGCUGGAGGCCUCGUUCUCUGCUUUUUUUUCCCGUUUUCUUUGUAUAUUUAUCCUCUAGCUACGACCAUGGAGUCUGGCGAUGGAGGACGAGGAGGGUGGAUGUCCAAACCAGGUCAGCAGCAAAAAAACAAAAUGAACAUGAAUAUUCUUCGCCAAGAGAAACUGAUCGCUCAGAAGAAAAAGGAGAUUGAAGAAAGAAUGGCAGAGCAAGCAAAACUGAAUGCUCAGACAGCAAGCAAGUCCCUGCCUCCAAGUUUACCCAUCCCUCAGGGACCUUCUUCAAAUAAAUUUGCAAAUGAUGGAAGCUUCUUACAGCAGUUCAUGAAGAUGCAAAAAGAAAAAACAAACAAUACUUCGGAUUCCACCAGCGACUCCAAGGCUCCUUUAAGUUCAGGUCCAUCUCCAUCGGGAAACACUUUGCAGAAAAAAAGCGCUUUGGUCGGCCAGCGGCCCGGGGUUAAAGUUAGCAAAAUGCUCAGUCAGUUCAAGAGCUACGCCCAGCCCAAGAAGAACCCAGUUCUCAGCCAAAGGCCUAGCGUGUUUUCCUCUCCUGAUGAUGACGAUGAGGAAGAGGAGACUGAUUACUCCAGGUUCUUAGAGAUGAAAGUUUCUCCCCCAGUGGAUUCAGACACCAGACUCAUUAUCAACAAGAUGGCCUCUUUCGUGGCAGAAGGAGGACCUGAGCUGGAGAAGAAGGCAAUGGAGGACUACAAAGAUGAUCCUAUGUUCUCGUUCUUAUUUGAUAAAAGCAGCUUGGAGUAUCUCUACUUCAAACACAAAGUUGCAGUUUUGAAGAACAAUUUGCAGAAACUUGAGAAUAAAUCAGAAAAUGUCUCCCCCCCAGUGGACGUGGAAACCCAGGAAAUCAUUGAAAAUCUGGCCCGGUUUGUGGCGGAGGGUGGCCCCGAGGUUGAAGCCAUCGCCAUUGAACGCAACAGAGAAAAUCCCGCAUUCAGCUUUUUAUUCAACCAGCAAAGUCCAGCCUACUUUCUCUACAGAAAGAAACUACAAGAGUACCAUUCUGCAUCUCAGCGCUCUUCACCGUCACCAGCAGACUCCAGGACAGAAGUCCAGCGUCCAGUUGUGUCUUCAUUACCUGUACGCUCUCCACAGCUGACCAGCACAUCAGUGGCUCAACAUGAGGAGUCAGAAAUGCCUCCUGUCAAACGAAAGAGGAAGAGCAGAUGGGGGUCUGAAGAAGACAAAGUGCAGUUGCCAGUUCCACCAAUUGUUAUUCCCCAAGAUAUUAAUGUCCCAGAUCCCAACACACCCUCCUUAUCUGCUCAAGAGCUGAGUGGACUUGGUUAUAAGAAGGGAAAACCUCUUGGUUUGGUUGGAGUGACUGAGCUGUCUGAGGACCAGAAGAGACAAAUCAAGGAACAACAAGAGAUGCAAGAGAUGUAUGAAAUGAUCAUGAAGCACAAACGUGCAAUGGCAGACAUGCAGAAGUUGUGGGAGAAAGCCAUUAGAGAUCACCAACAUGAGUAUGACAGUGAUGAAGAACUGGACCAGGAUGACGGUACCUGGGAGCAUCAGCUGAGAAAGAUGGAGAUGGAGAAGACGCGUGAGUGGGCGGAGUCUCUGACAGAAAUGGGGAAAGGGAAACAUUUCAUUGGAGACUUCCUUCCCCCUGAGGAGCUGGAAAAAUUCAUGGAGACCUUCAAGGCUCUCAAGGAAGGCCGGGACCCCGACUACUCAGAAUAUAAAGAGUUUAAGUUGACGGUGGAGAAUCUUGGUUUCCGAAUGCUCAUGAAAAUGGGCUGGAAGGAGGGAGAAGGCCUUGGCAGUGAAGGACAAGGAAUCAAAGCUCCGGUUAACAAAGGAACUACCGCCAUGAACGGUGCAGGGUUUGGAGUCGAUCGCCCAGCUGAGCUAUCGAAAGGCGAUGAUGAGUAUGACGCUUUCAGAAAGAGGAUGAUGCUUGCCUACCGCUUCAGGCCCAAUCCCCUGAAUAAUCCACGGAGGCCAUAUUACUGAUAGAGGACUGUUUCUGUUUAUGCUCGUCAUUUUAUUGUAACAAAAGGAUAGUUUGUGCAUCCGCUGCUCAUACGGUUGGUUGCAAAAUGAAAAGUGUUUGACAGUAGAAAUUUUUGCGUACUUGUCUGUCAAAGAAAAAGAAAGAGAACAUCUCAAAUGUUGAAAAAGAUUGUUAGGAAAUGUUGUAUAUUACACUAAACUAUCAGGUUUCUAUAAACAUUUGCUAAUUUUGUCUGUUACUUCGCGAUGAAUUUGUGUAACAUGAUAAAAUAUAUGAAGAAGUCCAUCUGGUUUUCAUCAGUAUUUCACUCCUGUAUUUUCUGGCUUUCUUCUGGAUCUGUGCGCCCUCAGCUAAAUAAAAAUUUUGUAUAAGUUCACGGUCUUCUGUAUAAGUUCUCACAUUGAGUGAGGUUGUCACUGUGCCGCAAUCAUUACAAUGUAUCAUAACUUCCAUUGUUCACAAUAAUAAAAAUAAAAAAAAACCUUACCUGAAAUA